AUGAUUCUGAAAAUGAUUUUUUAUAUAUUUCGCGUUUUAAUACUCAUUAUUAUUACCGAAGGAUCACGUGUACAACCUCCCUAUGCAAGUAAAUCAGCAGAUCAUGUACCAUCUAUCUUAAUUGAAAAUCUUAUUCAGUCGUCGAAAACACAGCUUGAACAAUCCAAAACGUUGAUAGAUAAUCAUUACGAUAAAAUUAAAACUCAUGUGGAAGAAACUGUUAAAUCAAUUGAUAAUCAUCGUGAACGAAUUGACAACCACUCAAAACAAUUAGAUAAACACAAGAAUAUUCUAAAGUUUGUCUAUUCCGUCUUUUCAUUGGUAUUGGUAGUGUUAAUUCUAUUAUUAAUCGUUAUCCUGAUCUGUAUUUUGAAGAAGUGGUUCGUUUGUAAACCAAAACGUCGUGCUACGUCAAAUUCUUUAUCGUUUUUAGCAAGACCUGGUACAGCCAAUGAACGUGUUGCUAAACAAGAAAUUUCAACCGUUGAUAAUUUUACAUUAACAAAUGCCAUAGCUGCUGUGCUCGCUGAAAAACUGUCUUAG